ACCCCUUGGUUGAAACGCUGCGAGCUGGAUGUAAAUAAAAACAAGUUGUUCUUCAAAAACUGCACAAGAAUCAUAAAUUUUGUAUUACUUGUGAUUUGUAAUUCGAUAGAUAAUUUAAAGAUAGUGCCUAAAAUUUAAUAGUUCCUUCCUAUACAAAAAUGCUCAACCUAAACGUGGGCAUCCUAGGCCAUGUGGACUCGGGGAAAACGACACUGGCCAAGGCCCUGAGCAGUAUCUCCAGCACGGCGGCCUUCGACAAGAAUCCACAAUCGCAACAACGGGGAAUCACGCUGGAUCUGGGCUUUAGCGCCGUCCAGGUUCCCUUGCCGGAUCAUUUGAAGAAGGCGGACAAUGAGCUACUGCAGUACACAUUGGUGGAUUGUCCGGGGCAUGCCAGUUUAAUCCGCACGAUUAUCGGAGGAGCGCAAAUUAUCGACAUGAUGAUUCUGGUGGUGGACAUCGGCAAAGGGAUUCAAACGCAAACGGCCGAAUGUCUGGUGAUUGGGGAGCUGACCUGUCGACGGAUGAUUGUGGCGCUGAAUAAAGUGGAUACUGUGGAGGGGAGCAAACGGGAAAAGACCAUCGAAAAGAUGAAGAAAGGACUGGAGAUGGCUCUGUCCAAAACGGUUUUUGCUGGAUCGCCAAUUGUAGAGAUAUCGGCUGCUAGUAAUACAAACCUCGAUAGACUCCUUGAAGUACUGGUGGAGUAUUCAGUGCUUCCUGAGAGAAACUAUGAAACUCCUUUCCUAUUCGCUGUCGAUCACUGCUUUGCCAUAAAAGGUCAAGGAACGGUUUGUACGGGAACCGUUCUUCAGGGAAGCGUCAGGUUGAACGAAGAUGUAGAAAUUCCAAAGCUGAAACUAGUCAGAAAGAUCAAGUCCAUGCAAAUGUUCAAGCAGAGUCAACAAGUGGCGAAGCAGGGUGAUCGUGUUGGAAUAUGUAUUACACAGUUUGAUCCCAAAUUGCUGGAAAGAGGGCUGCUCUGCAAACCGGGAUAUGUAUCGGAUAUAUACGCGGCUGUUCUCCGAAUGAAUCCCAUCAAGUACUACAAAGGCUCCCUGAAACAUAAGGCCAAGUUCCACCUUACCUGUGGCUAUGAGACAGUCAUGGCAACCGUAACCCUUUUCAGAGGAAGCAACACGAAUUUCUCUAUUACUGAACAGUAUGAGUUUGUGCAAGAGCUAGAUCAGGAUACAAUCAGUGAAAACGCUUCGAUCUUCGCUUUGCUAGAAUUCGAUAAACCAAUCCAAGCCGUACCGAACGCCUUAGUCAUUGGCUCCAAGCUGGACACCGAUAUCCAUUCGAACACGUGCAGAUUGGCAUUCUUUGGCCGCUUAAAUCAUUGUUGCAUCGACAAAGAUUACCCCACAACAUUCCUUCCCCAAUUGCAAAUAUACAAAGAGAAGCAUAAAACCGGAACUGUGCAGCGAGUGGUCAACGAAAUGGAAUUAAUCUCCAGCGGACUGUUCAAGAAGGAGGGAAACAAUAGAACGGCAUUUGUAGGACUGAACGUUCAACUCAGCACCGGUGAAAGCGGUCGAAUAGAGGACACCUUUGGGGCCAGCUCUAAGGUGAAGUUACGAUUUAGGGAACCACUUUCCGAGGCAACGUUGGAACUGCUGAAGUGUAGGAAACCUUCAGAGCAGGUAACGGUGGUGGUGAAGUACAAGAAGUUUAUGUUCCGAAAGGAGGGCAAUAAAAUCGUUCAAUGAGGCUA